GCGCAAGCAUAGAAUCUCGGAAAUCCCAAUUGCGCAGUUUGCUUUAACAAACAACGCAGUCAUCACAUACGUUUUGUAAUUAUGAGUAAAUGCGCGAGCUUUACUGAGGGAGAGUUCUAUGAGGUGCAUUUUGAUUCACGUGCAUAUGUUAAGAAUUACUAUACCUGCCCUCGCGGUCAAUUUUUGGAGAAUUUCCGUAGUUUCGUUUUGAGAAGCUUUAGCAGAAUUUUCUCAACAGGGGAACAUAAAGGCCAGAGGCUGAUUGAUGUUGGCAGCGGACCAAAUAUCCACAGCGUCUUGAGCGCGUGCCAACAUUAUGACGAGAUUGUGUUGUCUGAUUUCGUCGAUAAUAAUCGUAGAGAAAUCGAAAAAUGGUUGCAAAAUCAAGACGGCUGUAUAGACUGGACAUCUGUUGUACAGUACGUCUGUGAGCUGGAAGGUAAAAGCCCAUCUGAUUUGGAGGCUUUACUGAGGCAACGAGUCAAAAAGGUUUUAAAAUGUGAUGUCCGGUUAGAGAAUCCGUUCUAUCCGCACACAUUGGAACCAGCUGACUGUGUCAUUACAUCCCUGUGCCUGGAAGGAGCAUGUAAAGACAUUCAAGCAUACCGUCACGCUUUACAUGGGCUGACCAAGCUCCUGCGUCCUGGUGGACUUCUCGUCAUGAUAGGUGUUUUGGGUGAAACCUUCUACAAGGUGAAUGAACAGUCCUUUUCCUGUCUUACACUGAGUCAGUGUGAUAUUGAGGAAGCACUUAGAGGUGCAGGCUUCUCUAUCCAUGAGUUUAAUAUGCUGCCUGUAGUAGAAGACCCAAAAAGCAACUCUGUGUCUGACUUUGAGGCUGUUUUUGAUCUUGUAGCAUACAAAUCUUCUGGAUUGCAAACCAAAUAGAGAAACUUACAAAACACAACAAAGCUUAGCAUGCUCAACUUACAUUAGCGGCACUUUAGUUCAGGGUUUUCCUGGAUCAAAAAUAGGUGGUGGUUACAAUCGUUUACAUACACACAGUAAAAAGUAGGGUACCCACCCAUAUGAAUUUCGAGCCUAAAGAUCUUUAACUAGUUAAUAUGUAAAAAUGCUACCGGUAAAAAAAAGUAGGUUUAAAAAAUCCUUUAAAAAAAAUGUAAGAUAUCAUAUCAUUAUCAACAAGUAAAAUAAUAUCCCAUUUUUACUAACAGACUAAUUUUUACCAUAUACAAGAAAUAGCAGCUACUUAAAGGGAUGGUUCACCCCAAAAUUAAAAUUUUGUCAUUUCCUCACUCUCCUGUUCUUACAAACAUGUAUAAAUUUCAUGAGCCCCAUUUACAUCCGAGGUAGCCUAUUCUUUUUCCUACUUUAGAAGUAAAUGGGGCUCCCGAAUGGUUCAAAUGAAUCAGUUCAAAUGAGUCAUUAGGUUGUGAAUCGGACUCUACGCACACACCAUCUCGCAAUCACACAUUAAACAAAAUGUAAAUAAAAUAAAGCAUGGCGGAAUAAAAAUGCAAUUCAGGAAAACACUGUAGAGAUGUUAUCUGCUCAAUUACUGCUUUUUAUUAUGGUUUUGAAAUAAAAUGGUUUAAGCAGUUUGCUUCUUUAGAUGUAAAUGACAUUUGGAAAGUAAUAAACAUUACUGUGAAAUACA